AUGGUUGAGAAUGGCGCUAACCCCUCGGUGAUGGGCCCGAGCCAGAAAAUGUUUCUAAGUGGUGCUCUCUAUUCCCAUGGUACGGCACUUCAUCAUGCAGUGGAACAUACAUUUAUAGAGGCGAUUGAACCCUUACUUUCCUGGGGCUUUGAUAUGUCUGCUGUAGACAAGAAUGGGAGAACAGCAUUUCACCGUGCAGCGAUCGAUGAAAGAAUAGAAGCAGUGGAGCUCCUACUUUCCAAGGGCGCCGAUAUCUCUGCUACAGAUAGGGGUGGUUGGACGGCACUUCACCUUGCAGCGGGACAUAGAAGCACAAAAGCAAUGGAGCUCCUACUUUCCAAAGGCGCCGAUAUCUCUGCUGCAGAUAGCGAUGGUUUGACGGCACUUCACUAUGCAGCAGCGGAAUAUGGAAUGGCAAAAGAAACGGAGUUCCUACUUUCCAAAGGCGCCGAUAUCUCUGCUGCAGAUAGCAAUGGUUGGACGGCAUUUCACCUCGCAGCGAGAUGGGAUUCGUCAGAUUCAGUAAAGGCAUUACUCGACAGAGGCGCCAGUACUUCGGACGUAGAUAACAAGGGGAAGACGGCACUUCACCUCGCAGCGAGACGGGAUUUUUCACGGUCAGUAAAGGCUUCUCUUGAAAGAUGCGAGGACAUUUCAGCUAUAGAUAGCGAUGGAAAGACAGCUCUACAGUGCUCAGAAGAGCAUAAUAUAUCUACGGAUAUCAUUCAGCUUUUGAAGGUAAAUACUAAUAAGUUCACGCUUACUAUCAGUGGAAUCUAA